AUGAAUAUGCAUUCAGUUAUUCUAUGAAUAUGCAUUUGCUAUGGCCAUGGGCAGGGAAGCUGACGCCACUGUGCAUCUCUGUUACAUUCCAGUUUUCUCUCUUCUUGAGCUGAUACUUGUUUUGUGUGUCUAUUUUUUUUAUAGAUCCCUGAAGUUCAGAUACAAAGUACAAGCUUUGAAUGAAGAGCCAAGUGACAGAAUAAGGACAAGAGGAGGACCCAUUAAGCUUGCUACCAGAAUUCCAAUCCCCUCCCAAAGAUCCCAAAAGCUCUCUUGGACCCGUCAACCGGUGCUUCCUUUCCUCAGGGAUAUGGCCUUGAACUGUGAGCUCUAUACCACCUCAUCAUCAACACCAACACUCUUCCUUGUAUCUUGUUAUCACUUCCUUUAUGAAAGCAAGCAAAAGAAGAUCAUGCCCUCAUUCUAUUCCAUACAUCAUAGACCCACUUUGUUUUUUUCUCUCUCUCUCUCUAUAUGUCAUCCUUUCUCUUCUUUUUUGCCAUUUGCUUCCUCUGCUUUUAUAUAUACUUGCUGUAUACCUUCUCAUUCAUUCUCUUCCAAGUCCUAUGCUUUCUUCUUCUCCAUGGAGAGUGUUGAGCUGAGGGUUGAAAUGGUGGCAAUACAUGAGAAAAGACUAAGAAAAUGCUUGUCCAAAAUAAGAGGAAUUGAGAAGGUUGAAGUGGAGGCUAGCAUUCAAAAGGUGGUGGUCACUGGAUAUGCACACAAGAGCAAGAUCUUAAAGGCAUUGAGAAGGGUUGGACUUAGAGCUGAGUUUUGGUCUGCCCAAAAUGAGAUCCUCCAUGCUUAUGCCAGUGGAAGUUUCAGAAUCAAUAACUUCAGCUUCUUUUGACUAAAUAAAACAUCAACCAAAAAAAAAAAAAUCUCCUAUAUAUUGUUUUUAUAUGUUUGUUUCUUUGUUCUUUUGUUCCUUUUUCUUUUAUGUGUUUAACUGUUUUUCUUUGUGUUUAAGAACAAGCAUAAACCUGUAAGUGAAUAUGGAAGUCUUUUUCUUUUAUUUUUGUGAGUGGGUUAUUG